AAGAAUAAAUAAAAAAAAAUUAAAAAAACGAAGUAAAAAAUUAUAUUUGGGCGAAAAAAUAGUAUCUGUGCCCAAAUUAUAUAUCUCAUCUCCGAGAUUCACGCGGCAAGGUGCGAUUUUGAUCCGAUCCCCCUCAUCCCACUCCCAUUUCCUCAUCCGGGCAUCGUUGAUUUCGCAUCCUCCGAUCAGAUUUGUACUAGCGCUCCUUAAAUCUUUCUCAAAGAUCCCAAAAAUCGGUUCUUCGGAUCAAAAUUGUGCUUUUGAUGAGUUUUUGAGGCGUUUGAAUUCGAGUGAUUUAGUGGCCGUUGAGAUUUCUUCGGGUUUUUGAAUUUGGAGUAGGUUUAGUGCUUGUUUUUGCUGGAUCUGCGGUGCCCAGUUCGUUUUGAAAGGAUUUGUGAAGUGUUUUGGGGUUGAAUUUGGUUGGAAAUGAGGCUCCUUUGUGUAAACUAAUGCGGGUUGUGUAGUUUUGUGGUGAAGGGGGGCGGUGGUUGUUGUGGUUUUUGUUCUUAUGGGUUGUGUUAACGCCAAGGCAAUUGUUAGAGAUGAGGAUGGUGAUGUGAUUAAGCGGGGAAGAGGAUCGAGUAAUUCGUUGAGGCGAUUGGUUAGUGUAACGAAGAGGGCGGAGGCAGAGGCUGCUGCAGAGGCGGAGGAGGAGGUUGUGGCGAGAGAUGCCGAGGCACCCGUUGGGAACGAUGGAAGCACGGCAAGGCUUAUUCAGAAGCCGGGCGACGGGGAGACGAAGGUGCUCGCGGCUUUCGAUAAAGCCAGGGUGGGUGGCAGUGAGGCAGGACACCGGAGAAGGGCAGUUGCAGAUGGAGGGCCCGACGGGGCGGAGCCGGGCCUGCCAACUGUUCGGAGAAAUGCCAAAGAGGAGGAGGAUGAGGGCAAGUUGGGAAUUUCCCAUGUGCCCAAUGGGGUCGAGGGUGAGCACGCAGCGGCAGGUUGGCCCCGCUGGCUCACGGAGGUGGCGGGGGAAGCGGUGAGAGGGUGGCUGCCGCGGAAAGCAGAAUCUUUUGAGAAGCUAGAUAAGAUUGGACAAGGAACUUACAGCACUGUGUACAAAGCCCGUGAUCUUGAAACUGGCAAAAUCGUCGCGCUUAAGAAAGUCCGAUUUGCCAACAUGGAUCCCGAAAGUGUCCGAUUUAUGGCAAGGGAAAUUCAUAUUUUACGCAGAUUAGACCACCCAAAUAUUGUGAAGCUUGAGGGCUUAGUUACGUCGCGUAUGUCAAGUAGCUUAUAUCUUGUCUUUGAAUACAUGGAGCAUGAUCUUGCCGGACUUGCUGCUACACCUGGGAUAAAGUUCUCCGAGCCCCAGAUUAAGUGUUAUAUGCAACAGCUGCUUUGUGGGCUCGACCACUGCCACAGCCGAGGGGUUCUGCAUCGAGAUAUUAAAGGCGCGAAUCUUUUGAUUGACAAUAAUGGCAUACUUAAAAUAGCAGAUUUUGGUCUUGCUACAUUUUUUAACCCUAAUCAGAGGCAGCAAUUGACUAGCCGGGUUGUGACGCUUUGGUAUCGGCCCCCCGAGCUUUUGCUCGGUGUAACAGAGUACGGCGCGGCAGUUGACCUGUGGAGUGCUGGUUGUAUUCUUGCGGAAUUGCUUGCUGGGAAACCUAUCAUGCCCGGAAGAACUGAGGUGGAACAAUUGCACAAAAUAUUUAAGCUUUGUGGUUCUCCAUCUGAGGAGUUUUGGAGGAACUUGAAGCUGUCGCGAGCGGCCAUUUUUAAACCUCAACUACCAUACCAGCGCCGUGUUUCUGAGACAUUUAAGGAUUUUCCUCCUCCAGCUUUAGCUCUUUUGGACCGCCUGCUUGCCGUGGAGCCCGCGGGUAGGGGAACUGCUUCCUCGGCUCUUCAGAAUGAAUUCUUCACUACGAAACCUUAUGCCUGUGAUCCCUCAAGCCUACCUAAAUAUCCACCAAGUAAGGAAUAUGAUGCAAAGCUUCGAGAUGAGGAAGCUAGGAGGCAAAGAGUAGCUGCUUUGAAAGGCCAGGGAUCUGAAUCCGCACAAAGGAAACCACUCCCUGUUCCUGCUGCCAAUGAGUUGCAGAAACGACUGGUACAAGAAAACCCCAAAAGCAGCAGCUACAAGUACAUUACUCAAGAAGACGGUGGCUCAGGUUUCCCGAUCGAUCCACCUGGUGGAAAAGUGGAGAAUGGUUACCCCCGACGUGUACCUUUGGUGACUGCUGGCCGUUCAUCCACAACUUCGGGGCGGUCGAAUGGUCCGGAUUUGAAGGCACAGAGACCGUAUGUGGCUCAUGGCAAUGGCACUGGUGGUGCCGAUUUUUCUCACUCUUCAUAUUUAUCAAGCGGCAACGUUUCUAGGUUGGAUAACAUGAAGGAGAGUUCUCGACAGACUUAUUUGAAUGAGCAGCGAUCAAGAUAUAAUAAACUCGGUGUGGUCGAGGCCUCUGAGAAGCAAGAAUGGGGGCACCACUUGCUUGAUAGGCCUUCGUCUUCUCAUAGAAAGGACGAUGUAGCGGGAAGCAAGGAGCCUAUUGUGACAAAUGGUACUAAAAAGAGAAUCCACUACUCGGGACCAUUAAUGCCCCACGGAGGGAACUUUGAAGAGAUUCUUAAAGAGCACGAGCGGCAGAUCCAACAAGCAGUUCGACGAGCGCGCUUCGACAAGUCAAAGGGCAAGCAGUAUGGUGAGAAGGGCCUAUCAGAAGCUUUACUAUAUCCUAGCCGAAACGGGCGAUCGGAUCGUUAAGAAAAGCUCGAUUCAACACUAAUUUUUCUUCUUCUCGAGGCCAAUUAUUUCUAUACAUUUGUAGAAAAUCAUGGUUCCAAAUUAGUAUAGCCAUUCAUACUCGCUUAAAAUUAUUCGUUGCUACGCCAAGAUCAGCUACCCAUAACCAUCAAUUGUACAUUCUGUGGGAGCAUCCGAGUUGGUUGUUUGGGAAAGUGUUGAAAAUUUCGAUUUCGAAUUUGCUUAAAGGCUGUCGUGUUGACCAAAAUAUGUGAAAUAUAAGUGAAUAUCAUUUCAUCAAGAUCUAGCAGAAUCUGUUUAAUGAAAGCUUAUUCUGUAUUUGUUCUGUAGUUGAAUGCAAUAUUCCCAUUGAUUUCUUCUUGUA